UUUAAUGGUAGCAGUGGCGGUGGUUAAUGAUCAAACAGCUCUCUUUUUGAUGCAAGCGUGGCUAUAAAUGCAGGACCUUUGCCACUGCUCACCUCUUUCAUUUCACUAUCUUCUGCAAAUUCUAGUAUCAAGCUUCUUUCUUUCUUUCUUUCUCUCUCCAAAGCAAUAAAUGAAAAGCUUCUUCCUUUCCAACUAUCUUUUGGGUAUUUGACCGUGUUACUAGCAGAGUAGCUGAGCUCAACAAACAGGGGAGGGGUUUUGAACAAAGACCCAUAUUCAAUAAAGGGUUUAUUUGUUUUGAAAAAAGCUGGGAUGGAGGACAGAGAGUACAAAAAAGUAGUAUCACAGAAUCUGAAAUGGGUAUCUUUCUCUUGCCACUUUUAGUUGGAUUUCUCCUCUCUCUUUCAUUGUGUUCCAGAGCUGAGUUCUGUUAACUCUGACUAGGGUUUUGAAUGAGAGGAGUAUUUAAUGUGCUGAAAUCAAUGUUUCUUUUUUGCUUAAUUGACUGCUUCUAGAGUUCUAGUAUACUUUACUCCCUAUCCUCCUUUGAACUUUUCUUUUUCUGUGUUUCCUUUGUCGUGGAGGGACUUUGUGCCAUGUCAUCUUUGAUUCAUAAUUUAAUUUCUAUGUUCUUUGGAGUUUUAAAGCUCAUUGAUUGAAGUGGGUUUUUCUUUGAUUACCUCUCCUGAAUUGUUUCUCUCUGUCUCUCCAUUUAGGCUCACUGGUUAGCUGUACAAAAUUUCAUGCUUUCUUAGUAAGUUUAGCCCUUGUGGACUUAUUUGAAGUCACUUUAAAAGUAACUGUUUAAUAUGUAUUUGGGAUUUGGAUUGUUUUCCAUGUGAUUUGUUUGCUGUGUGGUUCUUUUCUACAUGUUCCUUUUGGGGUCUUUUUGAUCAUUGGUCAUCACAUCCAUCAUUUGAUGGUAUUUUUAGGUAGUGGUCAGUUUUAAGGGCUUAAUACCUGUUUAAUAGGCUGUCGACAGAUUAUUGGUUCGUUAUUCAAACACUUUGUGAGGGAGAGGAACUUGCUGUCGGUUACUAUUCCUCUUGAAGAGAGAUGGAUAUGAGUGAGAGGGUUAAAUUUGAGCUAGGAAAGAGGAAUGAGAAUGCAGUGAGCUAUCAGUUGCCUAGUAUGCCAUCAGACUGGCAAUUUGGUGGUGUGAGUCUCGCAAAUACAUCUGUUGGUUUGGUUCCUAUUGAUAAUCCCAUGGCUAUUGGUGCUUCUUCUGCAGCUGGUUCAAUGGUAAAUACAUUUGGCACCAAUCUUUGGGAGCACCGCUCCAGUUCACAAAACUUGGGGUUUUGUGAUGCUAAUGUUAAUGUCCCAAAUGGUGUACUCACUUCAAAUACAAUGGCAAUUGGAAAAGGGGGUCCUGCCUCUUUGAGAAGUGACAUUGAUAGACCAUUUGAUAUGGGCUGGAAUCCACCAAGUUCAAUGCUGAAAGGGGGUAUUUUCUUGCCAGGUGCAUCUGGUAUGCUCCCGCAGAGCUUAUCUCAGUUCCCAGCAGAUUCAGGCUUCAUUGAGCGAGCUGCCAGGUUCUCGAGCUUUAAUGGGGGAAAUUUUAGUGAUAUGAUGAAUCCUUUUGGUAUUACUGAAUCCAUGGGCCUUUAUUCUGGGGGUGGGGGGAUGAUGCAAGGACCACAAGAGGUUUUCAUGGGCGGUGGGUUGAAACCAGUAUUUGGUUUGCAGUCUCAGAAAAAUGAGUUGAAUGCUGGUGAAGCUUCCAAAGGUGCUUCUUUACGUGUUGAAAAUAAGACUACUGAUGGAAGUCCACCCAAGAAUGAAAGGAAGAGCGAGAGCCUUGCAAGAUCUGAUGAAGAAGCAAAACAAGGUGUUGGUGGGUCUGGUAAUGAGUCUGAUGAAGCUGAGUUUAGUGGUGGGGGAGGACAAGAUGAGCCAUCUGCUUUGGAGGCUACAGUUCAUGAACAUUCUGCUAAAGGUCCCAGCUCAAAGAAAAGGAAAAGGAGUGGAAAGGAUAAUGAGAUUGAUCAAGCUAAAGGAGGCCAACAACCUGCUGAAACUGCAGUGGACAAUACUGAAAAUCAACAGAAGGGAGAUCAGAACCCAACUACAACAACCAAUAAGACUGCAGUGAAACAGGGGAAACAAGCGCCUCAAACUUCAGAUCCAACAAAAGAAGAAUAUAUUCAUGUCAGAGCUCGAAGAGGCCAGGCAACAAACAGUCACAGUCUUGCAGAAAGGGUAAGAAGAGAGAAGAUCAGUGAAAGGAUGAAGUUCCUUCAGGACCUUGUGCCUGGUUGCAGCAAGGUUACAGGCAAGGCAGUGAUGCUGGAUGAAAUCAUUAACUAUGUACAGUCAUUGCAGCGGCAGGUUGAGUUUUUGUCAAUGAAACUUGCAACGGUAAAUCCAAGGCUUGAUGUCAAUAUGGAAGGGCUCCUAGCAAAAGAUAUUCUUCAAUCAAGAACUGGUCCUUCAUCCACUCUGGGAUUUCACCCAGAUAUGACUAUGGGUUAUGCUCUACCACAUGCAUCUCAACCUGCUCUUGUUCAAGCUGCUAAUCCUGUCAUGGAGAGCUCCUCUGAUCUCCUUCGAAGAACCAUCAGUUCCCACAUAAUACAUAUAUCUGGAGGAUUCAAGGAGCCUACUCAGCUACCAAAUUCAUGGGAUGAGGAGCUUCACAAUGUUGUCCAGAUGAAUUACGUGACCAGUGCUCCUCCUGAUGGCCAGGAUGUAAAUGCAUCUCUGCAGCCAGGUAAUAUGAAAGUAGAACUUUGAUCCUUAAUGAAGCUGAAGCAACAUGUUAUGGCCAUAUAGCACUACAAAUGUAAACAGAUAGCUGAGGUCAUAAGAGUUCCAGUUCUAAAGAUAAGCGGUCAAUUGAAAUUGUCAUUAUCCUGAUUUUAUAGCCAGGAGCAGAAAAAUUCACUUGGGAGGCUUGAGGUUUCUCCAGUCAAGCAGGAACCAUUGUUGUCUUUUGUUCCGGCAUUGAAUGUAUACACAGAAAUGGAACUCUUAGAUCAUGGCAAUAUAAUUGCUCUGCUAGUAAAGAGAAUAGAUAAUGGAUCACUGAAUUGUAUAGAUUGACAUUGCAAGAGCAGUUAAUAUUACUUUUUACACUCAUGGUAUGAUAUUCACAGAUGGCGGUAUGAAUUCUGGCUUUGUUCAGUUUGAAGUGCAGCUUGUAUCUGUUCAGCGGUGUAUGUAUUGGCAGUAUAAUGUUCUUCCUAGCUGUAAACUGGUUUGUUAUUUAUUUAUUUAUUAUUUUUAAUUGCAGUUGAUCAGGAAUAAAUUUGCAGGGGCAGC